UAAUUGCGUCACUUGUUUCCUCCCUUCUCCUAGCUUCCUGAGGUUGCACCAGUAGUGCGGAGGCACAGGCAGAGUCCGGUCCUAGGUUAAAAAUGUGGUGCACCAGCCCGGCUACCCUAGUGACCUUUUGCGCCGGGGUUUGGAUCUCGAACCUGAUGCUGGCGCAGGGCCUGGAGGCCGGUGUGCGGCCGGGGCCUGAUUGUGAAGUAUGUAAAGAAUUCUUAAGCCGAUUCUACAACUCCUUGCUAACCAGAGGAAUAGACUUUGCUGUGGACACCAUAGAGAAAGAGUUGAUCCGCUUUUGCUUGGAUGCCAAAGGAAAAGAAAACCGCCUGUGCUAUUAUCUGGGAGCCACCAAAGAUGCAGCCACCAAGAUCCUUGGUGAAGUCACACGUCCCAUGAGUGUGCAUGUGCCCGUAGGGAAGAUCUGUGAGAGGCUGAAGAAGAUGGACAGCCAGAUUUGUGAGCUGAAGUACGAGAAGAAAUUGGACUUGGCAUCGGUGGACCUAUGGAAGAUGAGAGUUGCAGAACUGAAGCAGAUCCUGCACAGCUGGGGGGAGGAGUGCAAGGCCUGCGCAGAAAAAAAUGACUACGUGAACCUCAUCAAAGAGCUGGCCCCCAAAUAUGUAGAGCCACGCCCCCAAACAGAGCUCUGACCUCAGCUAUCAGUGCACAUGGACAGUAGUUAGAGUUAGUGUAAGACAUGGAUGUUUUGGUUAAGCUAACCAGGGGCCACCCUGGUGACUGCCAGUCUUGCUGUUGUACUGCUUGGGCUUAUGAUUAAUCUGUGCUUCCUGCUGGCCACCCACAUUUGCAGAGUACGGAGACCUCUGAGUGCAUUUCUCAGCCUCCUUUGGAAGGUGCAGCGGCUCUCUUUGCAUCACUGUGACAAUAAUGCCUGUCAGAAAGGAGUCGGGGGAGGGGAAGAUUUACCUUGGCUCAUGGUUUCAGUCCAUCAUGUCAGAGUAGCUAAUGGAGGGGCAGCUCAGAGCAUAGGGACAAGAACUCAUCAGAGACUGUUGUCGUUGUGGUGGACUGAGAAGCGGAAAGUGAUGUUCAAAUAAUGAUAAGGCUGUAAUCUUCCAAGGUCUAGCCCUACUGAUCUACUUCUGCCAGCUAGACUUCACCUCACAGCACCCCCCAUCACUGGGGGACACACAUUAAAAAUGAACUGAUGGGGUACUGUACUGGCUGGUUUUGUGUGUCAACUUGACACAGGCUGGAGUCAUCUGAGAGGAAGGAGCCUCAGUUGAAGAAACGCCUCCAUGAGAUCCAGUUGUAAGGCAUUUUCUCAAUUAGUGAUCAUUGGGGAGCGGCCCAUCCCUGGGCAGGUGGUUCUGCUUUCUAUAAGAAAGCAGGCUGAGCAAGCCAUGGGAAGCAAGCCAGUAAGCAGCACCCCCUAUGGCCUCUGUAUCAGCUCCCGACUCCAGGAUCCUGCCGUUUGAGUCUAUGUUCGGGCUAAUUAUAACCACCCUUGAAUUGCCAAAGGUUCAAGACUCAAGAAAGAGUCUUCUUUCAUUGUCACACAUCAGACAGAACUAGAACUCAUUCAGCACACACAGGCAGCAGAGAUGCCUAUGGUUUCUAGUGCUAUUCUGUCAGCUUCAAGCAGCAAACAAGAAUUUCAGCUCCGUUUUCCAGUCAUAGAAGAAUAAGAACCCCAUGGUAGAAGUGGUUGCUUUUCUGUCAUAGGUCAGGGUGUGGAUACCCAAGAAAGCAUCCCCUUGAAACUUUCUGGGGUGAUGGGAAUGUUCCUUAUCAGGGUGGGUGGUAAGAGAGAUGAUACAGAAGUAUAGUUAAGAUGUGGGUGUUUUAUUGUACAUCAAUUCUAUCUAAUAAACAAUUGCAAAAGUUA